UUUCUUACAUUGACACGCAGAUUCUCCCUGACCGUCUAUGCCUUUAUGAAUUUUAAAGAGGCUUAGGCACCUAAAGCUUAUCGCAUGAAAGACUUCUUCGUCGCAUGAGGUUCUCUCAGUGUCCCAUUCAGACAGAUUCUAUAGGAAUAAUUGAACACUACUUACUAUGUUUUUUCUUAUUAUUUACCAGGAACUUCCUUGUCGAUGUUGCCCCGGUCUGGUGCGGUUACGCCAUUCACAACUCUCCAAAUUGUGCCGUAAUAGCAACGGAUGGUCAAAUUAAUGCACCAUUUGGACCUUUAGAGACCAGUUUAACGCGCAGAUGACAACUGAUAAAGGACAUUGAUCCUUUUUUUUUGACUUCUUCAUAUUGCCGGCAUCCAAUUUUUAAAGAAGAGUGACGCAAUGGCUCGUUGAACUUUAGGCUCAUUACGUAGCGCCUAGUGGCAAUCCCGGCCAGAAUGUCUUUUAAACUAUUGCCAUUGUAAGUUCAGCCAAUUGUCAUUCACAGCUGAUUCAAACACACACAAUCGCCAACCUUGUUACCACCCAAGAACUUACUACCAUUCAGGUAUUAUAAACACGGCACAAGAAAAAUAUCGGGUCCAUUGGUUUCUCGUAGUCUCACCUUGAUUCACUGAAAAUGCAUCGUCCGCCUAUCUCGGUGCUCGCCGUUCUGAUCUUUCUCGUCUUUCCAGUGGCGAGUUCAGUUGAUGAGGUUACCAAGCAGUCGAUGAUUCAGUUCAUAGACAAAGUUUCUCCUGGGAUUGAUCGAGGUUGGAGCUUGUCCACGGAUCCCUGCACCGAUAAGUGGAAGGGCGUGGAAUGCGAGUCGCAAUCAGUGAAAGAUCGUUCUCGAGGAGCUCAACUUCUCAGGGACUCUUUGAUGCCAGUCCUCUCUGCAGGGUCGGGUCUCUCGCUGUUCUUAGCCUCAAGGGCAACAAUCUGGUGGGAGGGAUUCCGGAAGAGAUUGCAAACUGCAAGCGUUUGACGCACUUGUAUUUAGGCGGGAACCGGUUCUCGGGACAACUGCCCGACGCCCUCUGGAGAUUAAAUAACUUGAAGAGGGUCGACGUCUCUGAUAACAACUUCACCGGUCCCUUGCCGAAUCUUGCUCAGAACUCGGGCAUGACUACCUUCUUUGCUCAGAACAACAAUUUCACCGGAGAACUACCCCAGUUCGACUUUGCCAACUUCGAGCAAUUUAAUGUCUCGAACAACGAUUUCACUGGUCAGAUUCCUGAUGGCGGAGGCCGUUUCCAGGAGAACAGCUUUCUCGGGAACCCGGGGUUGUGCGGAAGUCCACUGCCGAAUUCAUGUCCGCCCCCUCAACCGGCCAAGAAGAAACAGAAAGACGUGUCGCUCGAAAAGAUUCUUAUCUAUCUAGGCUAUAUGAUUCUCGGUCCGAUUGUUUUGCUCUUCUCGGUCUACAAAAUAGCAAGAAGAUCCAGGAAAAAAGCAGAUGGGGUCGAUGGUGGUAAGGAUAGGAGAGCUGAUGCUAGCAGCAGCAAGACUAAUGGGGCGUCCAGCGAACCAAAGACGAGCAAUAACAGGUCGGAGUACUCGAUAACUUCCAUGGAGAGUGGAAUGAACACGUCAUCACUUGUGGUACUAACGAAUUCUCCUGAGAUGAAGGAUUUGAAGUUCGAGGACUUGCUUAGAGCGCCGGCCGAGCUGCUUGGAAUAGGAAAGCACGGAAGCCUUUACAGAGUUGUGCUCAGCAACGGCCUCGUUCUGGUCGUGAAGAGAAUCAAGGAUUCGGGGAUUCCUAGCGAGGACUUUAAGAACAGGAUGCAGAAGGUGGAUCGAGCAAAGCAUCCUAAUGUUCUGCCGCCCAUCGUGUUUUAUUGCGCCAAGCAAGAGAAGCUCCUGGCGUAUGAAUACCAACCAAACGGGAGUCUCUUCAAUCUUCUCCCUGGAACGCAGAAUGCGCUAGUAUUUGACUGGGAAGCAGGCUAAGCGUCGCAGCCACGAUAGCCGAAGCUUUGGCCUUUAUGCACUCGGUGCUUCAUGAAGACGGGAUUGCUCACGGCAAUCUAAAGACCACGGAC